CGCGAAAGUUGGUUAUUCUUCAAGAGUUCUCUUGAGAAGGCUGCAGCUACUAACUGUUCUCUCAGAUAGAAUCAACGAUACAAGGAAAUGCGUUCUAAGAGGCUCCAGGCGGCAACUCCCACAGCCACCAAGAUGAAUCUCCGUAGCUACAGGAACUCCACAGUGGUGCCCAUGGAAACCUCAUCCUCAUCUUCAGAGGACAGCUGUGACAGUUUUGGAUCCGAUGGAUUUGGAACCACGAGAAAGAUCUUAAAACCAACUAGAAUCUCACCACGAAGAAGGUCAAAGGCUGUGGAGGUGAGCUCUGAAGAGGACUCGCGCAGUAGCUUUGAAGACAAGAACUUCACUGAGGAGAUGCAUGCUAUGAAGGUGGAUUCGGACUGUGAUUCUGUAGUAGAGGAAGAGCCCGCCCCCGAAAGACGGUCUCGCCGCUCCAACACGCUGAAGGUGGCCCUGAGGUUCCCAGUCAAGAAGGCGGCCCAGAAGCGGCCCGCGUCCGAGCCGGAGGCCCCGGCCAAGGCCAAGCCCCAACCCAAAGCCAAACCCAGCCCACCUGUUAAAGACGAAGCUGACUCAGACGCUGAGGACGCAGAAAACUUCUUGAGCAAGAGAGCCAUUAACAUCAAAGAGAACAAAGCCAUGCUUGCAAAACUGAUGGCAGAGAUCAACAAAGUUCCUGGGCUGUUUCCUAAAAGAAUGUCCUUCCCCAUGGCAAAUACACCUCAACGCACUCCACGCCACUCGCUGGGAGGACCACGCAAGAAGAACCCAGAGCGGACGUCACGCGUCCACACGCGCUCCCGAACACAGGUGGACGGCCCGCCCAGCCCUGUGUCCGACGACGACCCUGAGGACAGGUUCAGCCUGGUGCGCAAGAGCCGCUUCUACGAAGAGGUGGACGAAGAUGAGCCGAGAGAGCCACGCAGGAGGAGCUACAAUGGAGUCCUGGCCAUACCCCACGUGGUCCGACCGGUGGACGAGAUCACGGAGGCCGAGCUGGACAACAUCUGCUUCAACACCAGGGAGAAGGUCUACAGCAGCAGCAUGGGGUCCACUUGCCAUCAGUGUCGACAGAAGACCACCGACACCAAGACCAACUGCCGCAACCCUGAGUGUGUGGGCGUCAGGGGCCAGUUCUGUGGGCCGUGCCUCAGGAACCGCUACGGAGAGGAAGUCCGCAACGCUCUGCUGGAUCCAGAGUGGCAGUGCCCACCGUGCCGAGGAAUCUGCAACUGCAGCUUCUGCCGAGCCCGAGAGGGGCGCUGUGCCACCGGGGUGCUGGUCUACCUGGCUAAAUACCAUGGCUACGACAACGUCCACGCCUACUUGAAAAGUCUUAGGAAGGAGCUGGAGGAAGAGGAGGAGAGUAAGUAAAAGACCAACGUUAUCCCUGAUGAAUUUGGAUGAAUGGCAUCGUUCUCAACCAUUUUGCUUACAAGUUACAGAAGGCAAAAGGAAUCACCUGCUGACCUGCUCUGUUUUUUUUUUUUAACCAUGUGCGUGAUGCACAGUGUAGACUAAAAAUGGCCUACCGAUGGUCUUUUUUUUUAACUGUACAUUGUUUUAAAUGUAUAAUUUUACCCUAUGAAAAGCUGUACAAAACUGUUUUUGUAUCCCUUUAUGAGAUUUCUCUCAACAUGCAUUAAAAAAAGGAAUUAUACCAAAAUGUAAAAUACUGUCCUUUUUAAAGCUAUUUGGUGUAAAUGAGUUUGCUUUCACUUAAAAAAAAACUGUUCUUUAAGGCCAUGGCCAUGUAUGUGCAUGGCAAUAUUCCUCCAUUGAGCGUUGCCCCUCCUCUCCGACUGGAGAAAUCUGGUAUGAACAUGUUGGAGUCCAUGGCCACCGUAUGCAUGUACAUAUUUUUUUUACCAUUCACAAAACAUGUCUGGUUCACAAUGUUCCUCUGCUGAGUACAUUAUACAUUCUGCUGUGUUGAUUCUUCACUUGCAGAGCAGUACAAAUACAGAGUGUUAAAUGGACUCUCAAAGUAUUGAAUUAACCCAACAGGCACAAUUGACAGUGUAGUUGCCCCCAUCCUGAUCCUUCUGCCCGGUGCCGCUCUGGGUGGCGAGGGCACGAGGCGCCUGGCCCAUUACCCUUUUCCUUCCUGUGCCGAGAGGAGGGGAGCCGCGUGAUAUACGACGGUGCCGGCUUGAAUCCUUCAUUAGAUAACUGUCACUAAUGGUGUGGAAACAAUUAGCAGUUCUCUAAUGGGAAUCUCGUACCUGUAAAUCAUUUUUCCCUAUUAAAGCACUUUGCUCUCA